CAGUCUAAUGAUACGUUCAAAACAACUCGUAACUGGAAUCCCGAAAUCCGACUUCAGUGCGUUUAAACAAAUGGGAACUAGCACAACAAAAGGGUCUCCGACUGGAAAAUAAAUUGAUUUGAACGGUCAUCCAACUCGGAAUUUCAACUCGUGAACUCGAGCCUCUCUCCAGAGCUCCGACUUUUCACCCAAGAUCCCUGACGUAAUGAUCUGACAUCGUAUUGUUCCAAGUUCCCAGUGGUUUUGAACGCGCCAUCUUAUCAAAGUGAAAGUUGUUAACCUGGAGAAAAGUGUCAGGCGGUUCAGGGAGACGUUCCAUGGAAAGAUAGCGGUGGAAAAGGCAACCUUACUGAUGAGGCGCUAUGCCAACAACCACCAAAUGGUCACCUGGGCAGUUAUACUGAAGAAAGGCAACGAGCUGGAUGAUGAGGACAGAAAAUGCUUACAGACGGAUCGGGCAGUCAAGAAUGUGGUGCAGAGACUCACAGCUGAGGACAGGGAACCUCAGGUCCCUCCUGCACAGCAGCCCCGAGGUAACAAACAGCCUGAAGACGAUAAUGAUAUCAAGGUCCGUCAAGAGAUUAAGGGUUAAGUGGAUGGCUAACUGAAAGGUGUGUGUGCGCGCAUGAGUGCGUCCCUGCCUUUGUGUGUGUUGAGUCUUCAGGAGCUGGGAGAGCAUCUGCGGGUCCUGCCUCUCACUGAGAAGAACAAGAGAAUGUUUGAUAAUGCCCAGCGCCACCUCACCCCCUCGGUCCUGCACCAGUUUGCCUGCCAGACCUGUGACAAGGACUGGUGGCGUCGGGUACCCCAGAGGAAGAGGGUAUCUCACUGUCACCUGUGCAAGAAGAAAUAUGACCCUGUCCCUUAUGACAAAAUGUGGGGUAUUGGAGAGUUCUGCUGCACCAAAUGCACACGCUCCUUCAGGGGCUUUGGGAGGAUGGAUUUGGGCUCCCCCUGCUACUCCUGCCGAACUCUGGUGAUCCCAACAGAGACUCUCCCUCCACGCAAGGGAGGGGUAGGAGUAGUUGGACCCAGAAAACCUAUCCCACACAGCUGCCUCGCUGAGGACUGUUACAACAGACAAGAGCCCCAUGUUCCUGGGACAGAGUGUGUCCACCCCCGCAGUCGCCAGAGGAACAGGAAGCCUCGCGUGGUCAAUCCCAGCUCCAUCCACAUCAGCUCCGGCUCCACCGUCAACACCUGCCUGAGCCAAGGAAGCCUGGAGAACCUGUACGACCUCAUCAUGGAUGACAUCAGAGAGGAGAGUGAAGAGGACAGCAGUAGUGGUAGCAGCAGCAGCUAGAGCAGCACUGAUGUUACCAGUGACCAACAGUCGUGAGCAGCUUCCAUGCUUCCCCAAUGGUGCUUCCAACGAUCAGGAUAUGAUCGCUUAUCUUAGGUUCACAUUCAGUGUAAGGAUGGCAUCUCAUAGGGCUACUGACAUAGUAUUGGUUCUACUUUCAUUUUAAAAACCAUGAAAAUACCACUCAAUAUUCACAACAGUCAGAUGAUAUAAGUGAGAUGACAUAACUAGUUUUGUGUUUCGCUUUUGACUUUGUUCAUGCUUAUUGCCACGUGUUAUUGCUUUGUUAAUGUCUGAAUGACAAGGGGAGAUUGACCGCACUGGCUACUGCCCAAAAUUCUGACUUUACUUUUGGUUACCUAUUCAGGAGUUAGCCUUCUAGUAAUGUGUGUGUUCAAAUAGAUUUGUCAUAUCAACUUGAACAAGAAUAUAUUAUAAAACACAAAUAAUGCAUUUUGGUUUCCCCCCCCAAAAACACAAAUAAUGCAUUAUGAAAUCUUACUAUUAUUAAUUUUCAAUACGACUCGGGUUCAAAUCAAGUUGUAUUUGUCACAUGCACAGAAUACAACAGGUGUAGACCUUACCGUGAAAUGCUUACUUACAAGCCCUCAACCAGCAAUGCAGUUUAAAAAAAGUACGAAAAUAAGAAAAUAUUCAAAGACGUAACACAAUAAAAUAACAAUAACGAGGCUAUAUAGGGGUUCCCGGUACAGAGUCAAUGUGCGGGGUACAGGUUCAGUGAGGUAAUAUGUACAU